AUGGCCGCUGAAACCGGAGCCGCGACGGGCAUCGAGACUCCCAAACGUGAACCAACUCCCACCACGUCAGCGUCAGCGUCAGCGUCACUUGGCUCGAUCCCACAGAAGCGCGCAUUCGACGAUGACCACACCCCGGUUGUGCCAUCACCUCUCAACCCGGAAGCUAAUGCGCCCGAAUUGCCUCCCCACGACGACGCGUCGCAGGCCAAGAGUUCCAAAUCUGCGCGAGUUAAAAAGGACACUUUGAAGAAGCGAGAGGCGAAAGGAGGCGGUCGCGAUAGCUCCCCCGCAGCGCCAGAUCACAGAUCUGUCAAAGAUCAGAACAAUGUUGAUUCUCCUUUACGAUACAAGCUGGCCCCGCCCAAGCCAUCCGAUUUUGAGCUCCCGCGCGGACCGGUCAUGACAUUGCAUCACGAGGUGGAUGGCGCAGGAGGACAAGUAGAAUUCUUUGAGACUUCUGACCACGUUUUCAACAAGAAAAACUUCCGCUAUACCCAUUGCAUUGCAGACCCUCUCUUCCCGUCAACACUGUAUUACCGACAGACUGAACCCGAGCCAUUCGGACCGCACAUGAGCUUCGAAGAUGCAGCGACGAGCGUAUUCUUUGACAAAACAGGAAGAGGAGUCACGACGGACAAGGGUUUUCGAAUGGCCCGCGCAAAUGUUGCCGUUAGAGAAGGACGUUGGUACUGGGAAUGCAAAGUUACAAAAGGAGUGCGAGAGUCGAGUGAACCUGGGGCGAAACCAGAGAGCGGCAUGCAUGUUCGCAUGGGCUGGGCAAGGCGUGAGGCAUCACUAGACGCACCAGUCGGAUUCGACGCAUACAGCUACGGCAUUCGCGAUGUAGCGGGCGAAAAAGUCUACAUGUCACGACCUAAGGAAUUCUUCCCAGCCGGCGAGGGUAUCCGCGAAGGUGAUGUCAUUGGUCUGGAGAUCCAGCUACCAUCAGAGAAUCUGCAACGAAAAAUCAUGACCAACACGUACAACCCAGCCAUUGACACCUCAGACGACGAACCCUCGGCCAAUGCAGAGGCAGCCAACAUUGUCCGUGACAGAGUGCCUAUCCGGUUCAAGGCGCACACAUACUUUGAAAAGAUCGAGUACCACACCACCAAGGAACUAGAAGACCUCAUGAAUCCCUCGCCAAUGGGGUCCAGCUCGUCAUCGGAAGCCCCGAACCCCCUACACACAAGCCCAGCCUUAAGAACGCUGCCCAACUCGUGCAUCAAGAUUUACAAAAACGGCCAGCUCAUGGGAACCGCCUUUGAACAUCUCCUCGGCUUCCUGCCCCCGGCAUCGAAACCCCAGCCCCAAGUCGGCGCCAGAGAAGGCCUCGACGACGGUAUGCUGGGCUACUAUCCGGCCGUGAGCAUCUUUCGCGGUGGAGCUGCAGAGGUCAAUUUCGGCCCUGACUUUUGGUAUCCUCCCCCUGAAUACGAGUCUACUACUGGUUCCGGGGCUGAGAGUGCCGAGUCACGACGCCAGAAACUACGCGCAGUUAGUGAGCGGUACAGGGAGCAAAUUGCAGAGGAUGUCGUGUAUGAUAUUAUUGACGAGGUAGACUUUUGGAUGCAAGACGGAGGGGGUGCCACGGAUAAAAUGGGCGUUCAGCAGAAGAGCGAGGCGGUGGCAUCUGCACCGGGGAGAGAGGAAAUCAAGGAGUUGGUGCAGGACGACUAA